UCAGGCGUUCGCUUUUGCGCGCAUAGCUUUCGAAUAUGGAAGAGGGAGGUGUCAACGAAGAAGUAAUCGAUUUGAAUGAUUUCCACCCAGGGAAAGACGGGAUAAACCGCAGGGACGAGGGGCUGAUCACCAUCUCGGACUCCUCGGACGAAGACUUCCCCCUGAUGCUGGACAUCCCCGUUCAACGGCUGUGGGAGAAGAAGGAAGACGACGACGAUGACGAUGUGGUCAUCUUGAUGGAGACGGCAGCCAAGCGCGUCCGGCGGCCCAACGUGAUCAGGCCCACCGCUCACUGGCACGGCGGGAACAAGGCGGGGGAAGGAGGCUCCAGAGGCGACGGGGCCACCGGGCCUCACGACGGGCAGAAGGCGGCUGUUUCCCUCCGGCGACACCCCGCCCGCCGCAACUGCGUGAAGGCGAGCAGCGUGACGCUGGGCAAGCGCAAGAGCGAGGGCGAGGUCUUCGAGCUCCCAGAGUCCCCGGAACCCGCCACACCAAAGGAAGAGGACGGGGCCGUUCCGAAGCCAGGGCCCAGCGUGGCUCGGACGAGAGAGGCGAGACAGGCCCGCAAGGAGGAAGUCAUUAAUUUGGAGGAUGUAGUCCUGGUGGCCGACCAGGAAGACAGGGACCGGAGGGAUGGGGAGUCGCAGCCAAGGCGAGUGCCGGACCUUGGGGGGGCUGUCCGGUGCAUCCAGGAGAACGCGCGGCUCGACCACCCGUACUUCCAGCCCGCGGAGAAGGAGGCCCGUGCCGUGGGCGAUCGCCUCUCUCCCCGGCCGGCGCAGUUGGAAAUCGAUCUCGGGCCGCUACCCAGGGCAUACCAGGAAGAGAUCCCCGGGCCCGCCUUCCCGCGACCCGAACCGCAGCAGGACGGCAUCCCCGGCCCCGCCUCGCCUCGUCUGGCACACCCGCCGGAGGAGAAGGGAGGGCACCCAGUGGCGAUAAACGAGCAGGCGGGCCCGGCGUUUCCCGUGCAGGGGUUGCUCGAGUCCGGCGCCGGCGGUGUUUUCAAGCAGGCCGCUCCUUGGCUGGACAAAGACCUCACCGCUUUGCUCGUCAGGGAAACGGAAGCGAGGUUUCCGGAUAUAACCAGAGAGUACAUUGAGGAGCUGAUACAGAGCAAAAACUACUGUGACUUGAACAUCCUUUGUAAUUUUCUCCUGGAGAAUCCAGAUUAUCCAAAGAAGGAGGGCAGAGUGGUUUUAAACCCCAACAGCAGCCUGCUCUCUAGUCAAGAGGAGACAAAGGUGCCUAAAGUUGACUACUUUGACUUCGCCAAGCUGGCCCCGCUCGACCAGCGUUGCUUCAUCCAAGCCGCCGACCUCCUCAUGGCCGACUUCAAGAUGCUGAGCAGCCAGGACAUCAAGUGGGCGCUGCACGAACUGAAGGGACACUAUGCAAUCACACGCAAGGCCUUUUCCGACGCCAUCAAAAAAUGGCAGGAGUUGUCUCCCGAAGCCAGCGGGAAGCGAAAAAGGAGGAAAGAGAUGAACCAGUAUUCCUAUAUCGAUUUUAAAUUCGAGCAAGGUGACAUGAAGAUCGAAAAGCGCAUGUUCUUCCUGGAGAACAAGAGGCGGCACUGGAGGAGCUACGACCAGCUCGCCCUCCUCCCAGCGGUGCAGUCGGAGCGGGAGUUUUACGAGCAGAAGGUGAAAGAAAUGGCCGAGCACGCGGAUUUCCUCCUUGCCCUGCAGAUGAAUGAGGAGCAAUACCAAAAAGACGGCCAGAUGAUCGAGUGCCGCUGUUGCUACGGGGAGUUUGCGUUUGAGGAGCUGACGCAGUGCACCGACGGCCACUUGUUCUGCAAGGAAUGCCUGAUCAAGUACGCUCAGGAGGCGGUGUUUGGCUCCGGAAAGUCGGAGCUCAGCUGCAUGGAAGGGAGCUGCACGUGCUCGUUUCCGACCAGCGAGUUAGAGAAGGUCCUCCCGGAGAACAUCCUCCGCAAAUACUAUGAGCGGAAGGCGGAGGAAGAAGUGGCGGCCGCCUGCGCGGAUGAGCUGGUCAGGUGCCCCUACUGCAACUUCCCAGCCCUGCUGGACAUUUGGUUCAGCUGCCCCAACCCUCGCUGCAGAAAGGAGACUUGCAGGAAGUGCCAGGGGCUAUGGAAGGAGCACAUGAACCUGACCUGCGAGCAGCUGGCCGAGAAGGACGACAUAAAGUACAGAACGUCGAUAGAGGAGAAGAUGACGGCCGCCCGCAUCAGGAAAUGCCACAAGUGCACCACCGGCCUGAUCAAGUCCGAAGGCUGCAACCGCAUGUCGUGCCGCUGCGGGGCCCAAAUGUGCUACCUCUGCCGCGCCGCCAUUAACGGGUACGACCACUUCUGCCAGCACCCCCGCUCCCCGGGAGCCCCCUGCCAAGACUGCGCCAAGUGCUCGCUCUGGACUGACCCCACG